CGUCAUCAUCUGGCCAGAAGGGCGGUGUCUAUUUGUACACGAAAGCAGCCAUUCGUGAAUAUGGUGUACACUGUGCUGUAUUAAAUGCUUUCUUAAUCCGACUAAAAAACAUAAAACAAACAUUUUCUGUCGAACUUAGACGAAUCUCUCGUUUUGAAAAACUUGAUAAAGGCGUCGGGCAAAACAUGGGGAAUUGCCAUACGGUGGGACCAAACGAAGCCUUAGUGGUAUCAGGUGCAUGCUGUGGCUCAGAUGAGAAGAGCUAUACAGUGGGAGGCUGGGCCUGGGCGUGGUGGCUUAUCACUGACAUUCAGAAACUAUCUCUGGAGAUAAUGACCAUCCUGUGUCGCUGUGAGAAUAUCGAAACUUCGGAGGGUGUCCCCUUGGAUGUGACAGGGGUCGCUCAGGUGAAGGUCAUGACCGACAAAGAGUUGCUGGGUUAUGCCUGUGAACAGUUCCUGGGAAAGACGGUGGCAGAAAUAAAAAGUGUCAUUCUGCAGACACUGGAAGGUCACCUCCGCUCUAUUCUGGGGACCCUGACAGUGGAGCAGAUCUAUCAGGACAGAGAUCAGUUUGCCAGGCUGGUGAGGGAGGUGGCAGCUCCUGAUGUGGGCAGGAUGGGUAUUGAGAUCCUGAGCUUUACUAUUAAGGAUGUCUAUGAUAAGGUGGAAUAUCUGAGCUCUUUAGGAAAAUCUCAGACUGCUGCUGUUCAGAGAGAUGCUGAUAUUGGAGUAGCAGAAGCCGAAAGAGACGCUGGAAUCAGGGAAGCAGAAUGUAAGAGGGAGAUGAUGGAUGUGAAAUUCCAAGCCGAUACAAAAAUGGCCGACUCAAAGCGAGAGCUGGAGAUGCAGAAAGCUGCUUUCAAUCAAGAAGUAAACACAAAGAAAGCUGAGUCCCAGUUAGCCUAUGAGCUUCAGGCAGCCAAAGAACAGCAGAAGAUCCGACUGGAGGAGAUCGAGAUUGAGGUCGUCCAGAGAAAGAAGCAGAUCUCCAUUGAGGAAAAGGAGAUUAUGAGGACAGAUAAGGAGCUUAUCGCCACUGUGAGGAGACCGGCUGAGGCAGAGGCCUACAAGAUGCAGCAGCUCGCAGAGGCACAGAAGAUGAAGAAAGUGUUGACGGCACAGGCUGAAGCAGAGAAGAUCAAGCGUAUUGGAGAGGCGGAGGCUGGUUCUAUUGAAGCUGUGGGUAAAGCUGAAGCACAGAGGAUGAAACUCAAAGCUGAAGCUUAUCAGCAGUACGGAGAGGCUGCCAAAACCGCCCUCGUCCUGGAGGCUCUGCCAAAGAUUGCUGAGAAGGUCGCAGCACCUUUGUCCCGUACCAAUGAGAUUGUCAUCCUGAGUGGAGAUGGUGGCCGUGUCACUGGGGAAGUUAAUCGUCUGUUGGCUGAACUUCCUGUUUCUGUGAACGCCCUUACAGGGGUGGAUUUGUCCAAGAUACCACUGCUGCAGAAAAUGACCAACCCUCAGGCUUGAACACCCAGCUGCCUUCUCAACACUUCCCUAUCAAUAUCCUUGAAAAAAGAAACACUUGAAAGCCAUUUUACUUCAACAGAAAUUUAAUUUUCUAGACUAAACUGAAUUUUCUGAACUCUUUGCUAUUGUAAAUCACUGUUUGCCUUAUGUGUCUGUUUUAUUUUUGCCUGUUUUAAAACAGCAUACCUCAUUACUGUUAUUCUGACAGAGCUGUUUGAAAAAAAUUAGAAGCGAGCAGCUAUAUAUUUCAUUAGUCGUAGGUGGCUGAGAUUGUCACGGUUACAUUUAUGCAAUUUAUGAAGUUAUAGCGAAAUUAUAUAGGACGUAUAGAAGAGCUAUUAUAUUUGUUAUUGCAUGUUUAGCUUAUAAACAGGCAUCAGGAUAUUUGACAUGCUUAGUCAUUGCAUAGCCGUUUGGCCGUUGUUUUAUUCUAGUCUUCAUCUAUAACUAGAUUUUAAGAUAUAUAUAUUGAUUUGUAAUCGAGUCCUUAUACAGUUCAGACAUUCUGGUAAUUUCGUCUUUCUGUGGUUGGAUGUGAUUGUUUAAAUGUGGACAGUCAGUUCAUUUCAAACUUUGCUUUAAUAGGUCAGUAGGGGUUACGUGUAAUGGGACGGUUAAUAAUUGUAACCUACAUAAUGUUAUAUGAUCUAGAUGGCUAAAUAAAUGGCACCCUGUACUAGUUUGGGGUGAACUUAAUGCUGAUAUUGUUAUGGAAGAAAAUACAGAUAAUGCUGGAUGGUUAAGCUUAACCCACUUUACUUGUAUUUACCAUCAUUUUUUGUUUGUUGUUGGAUAUUAAAUAUUCUUAGCGUAGGCCAAACUUUGCUGAAUCAGGGUUUAGAAAUGUUUUCUCUUUACAUAAACCACAGACAUUACCUCAUCCAUAUUUAAAAUAUUGGUCCUAUGUGUUUAGGCUUUAUACUAAAAUCAGACUUGGUACACAGCUGUGUACACACUUUUGUCUACUAAUACCCUAAUAAUGACGUCUACAUAUUUUCAAACAUGUUGUAAAAUUGACAUUUCCCAGAUCUAAUGCUUUUAGAUUUAAUAUGGUGCAACCUGCAAAUUACAACAAAUGAUUUAUUUUUUAAUGAACUUUUAUGUUUAACCUAAAUAAUCUUGGGUAUGUAGUGAGUCAUUGAUCAUAUUUCUGUAAUAGUACAUUAUGUGAUGAAAGCUAUCAGAAGUUCAGUAAUGUGAGUUUUCUGUCCAUGUAUAUGUGAAUUAAAUCAUUUUGAAUGUUAUUUUACCUUUUUUACUCUGCCACUUAUGUUUGCCAUUGAAUGAUGUUGUCCAUGUUUUUUGGUCUUUUGGUUUUCAGCUCGUCAUUAUACAAUGAGAAGUAAAUGCAGUAUGCCAAACAUUUGAACAUCAGGAGGACAGAAAGUAUUUUAGUGGUAAUCAGAUGCCAAAUGUCAUUUUUUUUUUUUUACUUUUUUGGCUUUGUUAUCAUAACAAUUGAAAUGAGUUCUCCAAAACUGAACAAAUUAUCGCUUUUCAAAAUGUUUUUUAUGUUAGUAUCUGUCUCAACUGCAAAAUAAGGGAACAGUUAGCUAUAAUGUAGCAGUUGUUUACAAGAUGCUGCUGUAAAAACAACUUCACGACUAAAAAAAUCUUUUAUACGCUUAACCGAAGUAUAUUAGCACUGUUGUUUUUGAGCUGAAUGUGUUUCUAUUGUUGUUUCCACCUCUAACAAUCACAGAAUGUGUUAUAUAACAAUGCCUGUAUUUAAUGCAUCUUUCUUAACACAUCCCUCUUUCUAUUAAAUGAAUAUACAGUAUAUGUAUAUCUUUUUGGUUUAGUAUACGCACAUCUAUUUGCUAUUUAGUCUAUGUUUAGAAGUUUAAGAUUACAGUCAAUAAAUGUUUCUUGAUUUAA